AUCCCCUAUUGAAAAAUUCCGCAUCCAGGCAAUAUAAGAGCAAACUUAUGUACUGCUUUACAUUUUGCGACCUGUCUCGUGAAUGUGAGCGCCAUCGACUCCGUGACAAAUCUUUGCGUUCCAAACGGACUCCGGAGAUUCCUCACACCGACGCACAGCAUCUCAUUCGAGCCGUUCUAUUUUCAACCCGAUCGCGUCACGGUGCCGUCCAGCAAACUUCAUCUGGAGUGAAUGAAGAAUGCUCGCACGCAUCCGGGAUUACAACUGAUGCUGUCGCGAAUUAAAGCGGUAGCGGGACGUAAAACGAUGAAUCGUUCAAGCGCAAAACUACACAAACGCACGCGACACACCUUUCUCGGCUGAUGUCCUGGUUAAUUUAUGAGAUAUUUUCCGUUCGUCAACGGCUGGCUGUUCAUCACUUCGCUCUCAUCCCGUCGCUUUCUAUUCGGCUGAGCAUUCGCGUUAAAUGGAAAUCUGAAGUGCUUCACUUUCACGGUUUCUCGCGUUUGGCAGAAAAAGCUGCAGGGCGGCCCUCGUGGCCGGGAUGCCACUGUGUACCCUGCCAGUCGGCGGUGGAUGCUGAGGGGCAAGAGCUGCCCACCCAGUGCAGGGGGCAGAAGAUAAACCACACCGACCACGACAUGAAUCUCUGUUGGAACGAGAUCAAGCGCAAAUCCCACAACAUCAGGGUACGGCUGGAGGCCUUUUCUGACAACAGCGGGAAGCUCCAGCUGUCACUGCAGGAGAUCAUCGAAUGGCUGACAACUAAAGAUGAGGAGCUGUCUGAGCAGCUGCCCAUAGGGGGCGACGUCGGGGCAGUGCAUCACCAGCGAGAGUUCCACCAGGCUUUCAUGGAAGAUGUCAAAUCCAGAGGGCCAUACAUCUACUCAGUGUUGGAGUCCGCGCAGACCUUUCUGGCACAGCACCCUUUCCAAGAGCCAGAGGAAACACUGCCUGAUGGCAAAGAGCAUUCCCCUCGCCGGCGAAUCCUCAAUGUCAGUCGCUCUGUGUGGAAGCAGGCUAACGUGGCCAGUGACCUGUGGGAGAAACUGACAGCGCGUUGUGUGGACCGACACCGGCACAUGGAGCGAACCCUAGAGAGGCUGCUGCAGAUCCAGGCUGCCAUGGAAGAGCUGGCAGCGGCACUGGAUCAGGCGGAGGGUGUGAGAGAUGCUUGGGAGCCUGUGGGUGACCUGUUCAUUGAUUCGCUGCAGGACCAUAUAGAUGCUACCAAGCUAUUUAAGGAUGAGCUCAGCCAGGUGAAGGAAGGAAUGAAACACAUAAAUGACCUAGCUCACCAGUUGGCCAUAGCAGACGUGCACUUGUCCAUGGAGAAUGCAAGAGUCCUGGAGCACCUCAACAACAGAUGGAAACUUCUUCAGGGCUCUAUUGAAGAACGUCUAAAGCAAUUGCAAGAUGCCCACAGAGAUUUUGGCCCCGGAUCACAGCAUUUUCUUUCCAGCUCCGUGCAGAUACCUUGGGAACGUGCCAUAUCCCCAAACAAAGUGCCAUACUACAUCAACCAUCAGGCUCAGACAACCUGCUGGGACCAUCCAAAGAUGACUGAAUUAUACCAUGCUUUGGCCGAGCUGAACAACAUCAAGUUCUCGGCAUAUCGGACGGCAAUGAAACUGCGGCAUGUGCAGAAGGCUUUAAGAUUGGACCUGCUGAAGCUGAGCAGCGUGGUGGACAUGUUCAGAGAACAGGAUCUUCUGCAGAGUGACCACGUGAUGGAUGUGGUGGAGGUCAUCCACGCUCUCACCUCCCUGUACGAGAGACUGGAGGAGGAAAGGUCCAUACUGAUCAACAUCCCUCUUUGCGUCGACAUGUGCCUCAACUGGCUGCUGAACGUUUACGACAGUGGGCGGAAUGGUAAGAUGCGGGUGCUCUCCUUCAAGACAGGUCUGGUGAUUCUAUGCAACGCUGACAUCCAGGAGAAAUAUAAAUAUCUUUUCCGACAGGUGUGUGGUCCGGGCGGACUGACAGAUCAGAAACAUCUCAGUCUGCUGUUGCACGAGGCCAUUCAGAUCCCUCGGCAGCUCGGGGAGGUGGCGGCGUUCGGAGGGAGCAACGUGGAGCCCAGUGUCCGUAGCUGCUUUCGAAUGGCUCCGGGUAAAUCUUCCAUUGAGGUGUCUCACUUCUUAGAGUGGAUGAGUCUGGAGCCCCAGUCAGUAGUUUGGCUUCCUGUUCUCCACCGAGUGACGGUAGCUGAGACAGCCAAGCACCAGGCACGCUGCCACAUCUGUAAGCAGUGCCCUAUCAAGGGCUUCAGAUACCGAAGUUUGAAGCAGUUCAAUGUAGACAUCUGCCAGACGUGUUUUCUCACCGGCCGCACAAGCAAGGGCAAGAAACUACAUUACCCCAUCAUGGAGUACUACACACCGACCACCUCAGGCGAGAAGAUGCGGGACUUCGCUAAGACGCUAAAGAACAAGUUCCGCUCGAAGCAGUAUUUUAGUAAACAUCCUCAGAGGGGUUACCUGCCCGUCCAAUCCAUGCUAGAGGUGGAAAGCUCUGAGACGCCCUGUUCAUCUCCCAGGCUGCCUCACGCGGACACACACAGCCGAAUCGAGCACUUCGCCAGCAGAUUGGCAGAAAUGGAGAACCAGAACUGUUCUUUUUUCACCGACAGCCUCUCUCCCGAUGAAAGUUUGGAUGAAGAUCACUACCUCCUACGUCACUCCAGCCCCGCCCUCGAGCAGGACUCCCCCCACGGCCACCUGCUGGUCCACCUGGACUGCCAGGACAGAGAGGAGCUGCAGCGCACACUCCACCGUCUGGAGAAUGAGAACAGCGUGCUGCAGAGCGAGUACCGGCGGUUGAAAUGGAAGCACGAGGAAGCAGCAGCGUCGCCCCAGCUACUGGAAUCGGGUCCGGGGUCACCGGCCGGUCAGGAGGACGAGGAACUCCUAGCCGAGGCACGAGUCCUCAGACAGCACAAGACCCGUCUAGAGACGCGCAUGCAGAUUCUGGAGGAUCACAACAAGCAACUAGAGUCCCAGCUACACAGACUCAGAGAAUUACUGCUGCAGCCCAAAGAUGAGUCCGAGGCCAAUGGCUCAGAUCCAUCCUCUCUGUCUUCUCCGGUGUCGGGGGGUGGCCACCAGGGGGAGCCGGCCAGUAGAGAGACGACAGACACUGAAGCUGCAGGUGAAGAUUUUGAUAAUGAGCAAGACACUGUGGUGCAGCUGCAGCAGGUUAUCGAGCAGCUGAGGAACGUCUUCCCGUCUGAACCAGGUCCAUGAAGAAACUGAAUAUAAACUCAGAGGCUUGAUAUUGUGAAGGUGCCAUAAUGCUCGUCUGAUGGUGGGCAGGGUUGUGAGGCUAAGAGAGACAAAUAGGCUGAGAAAUGUGUAGGAAGACACACACCCCCUGGCCCACCGUUCUCAAUCUGCGGCCACUUGUUGAUCCCAAAGAGCUGUGGAAUACCUGAGUGCUAACUAAACAAACUAAUGAUGUUUACAUGGUGCCAGAGGCCCGCACUGAUCCGGACACUGUGCUAACCCCUGUAGUAAUGCAAGAUGUGUGGCUUCAUCCGUACAGCACAAGAACCACAAACAAGACUUACACCAUAUGGGAGGGGGGGGGCGCUCCUCCCCUUAAGUACCUCUGUGCCAGCAACUUAUGUGUUGUGAUUUUUUAUUUUUCAUUUUAAAAUGUAAUGUUUUCAGACUCAUGCACAUAUAAACACGCACACACAAACCCCGUGGAAAAUCAUGCUUAGCAAUGCUCGGCCCUUGCUCUGUGAAGCAGAAAAAAGCAGAUUCCUGGGAAUCGCCGGCACGCCCGGCAAGCUUAUUUACACUGUAGAAAUGACACAUCUUCAACAGAGGCUAUCAUUUAUUGAAGAUGCCAAAGUGCCCGUGAGCACUGUGCUCCUACCCUGUUCUGCUCUCCUCUGAGCAUCUUUCUUUCGCUCUUUCACACAUGCAUUCCUCUGUCACAUACACAGAUACCUACACUGAUGAAAUUAUUUUCUUAAUCUAACAUUUUUAUGUUGUUUAAAUAUAAGUAAACGUAAUAUAAGAGAUACAUUUACUUGUGAAGCAUCAUUUCAUAAAAUAGGUAUUUUUUAUCAGAAUUUGCUUUCAUUCUCAUCUGAUAAUAUUUUUUCAACCCCUUCUUUUAUUUUGAGUGUAGGAAAUGUGUGCUUUAGAAAAACAAAAUUUACUUCCAUAUUUAUUUAUUUAAAUAUUUUAUUUAUCAAAGGGUUUAAAGGAUUCUUAUUGAGCUUAAAAACUGUUUGAGCUUAACUUUUAUUGAACCCAGAACAUAAAAAAGAAUCACAAUGAAGACAAAUCAAAGUCAAUAGUGUAGAAAAAGUAAUUUUGCUGCACGAGUUAAUGCAUCUUGUUUUGGUUGAGAUGGAAAAACAAGGUAAAAACAAAGACUAAGAAAUAGUUUUCAGUGUAGCCAUACGUUCACACAGGAUUUGCGGCAGAGAUGAGCAGAUUUCUCUGCAAUUGUUUUUUUGGGCACUAAAGGAAAGGCCUCUCGGCGAUGGAGAUUUAUAGUGAUGUUGUGUUGUCAGAGCACUUGCUGUUAAAUAACAGCUGUCCUCUGUGACCAGAACGGGAAAGUAGAUCCCCGAAUGAUGGCUCAUCCAGGUUCAGCGCUCUCUCACCGCUUCAGAUGGGAGGAACCUGUUUUACAGCAAGUCACAGUCUUGAUUCAUUCUGACCCAAACCCCAGAUAUUAUGCCUUAAAACUUCAAAGCUCCCACAAACCGAGCGAUGUGCCACUUUGUGAAUACCAGCCUUAUAUCAAUUAAUUAAUUAACAGUGUUUUGUUUACCAUUUGUGCUGUUUAUAAUAUCUCAGUAUUUCUACAAUCUAAAGGAAGGCGAUGAAAGUAAGAACGUAGAAGAAUUAUUUAACAUCGGGCUGAGGAAGGAGGACAGCAAAUGGAUCACGGUCUUUGUCAACACAGAGCGAAAGGCUUAUUUUGGAAGCGUGAUUUACUGUGGGCUGUCAGAUUUAUACGAGAGGAGAAGAUGCUGGGGGAUGUAGAGAGAAGAGAAACAGAUAGGCAGAGGGCGAGGGGGAACAGAUACGGCGUGAAACACCGCAAAUGGGAAAGACAAAAGAGUGUAAAUAUUCACUGUGAUGGGUUGUGGCAAGGCAGCCCCUGAAACAGGAACGAGAUUAUUGCCUUUGAGAGAGCUCGAGAUGUUCUCCAUUUGUUUCAGCAAACAUGUUGAAGUUAUUAUCCCCGCCGCAAAUGGCAGUUCCUCGUUCUCUCCUUCUCCAUCAAAAAACAAAGUGACCCCCUCGCAGUGUAGAUUUUGCUUUGAAUCCCGAGGCGCCAUGGCUGGGAUUUUAUUUUACAUCUGUGUGAUGAACUGCUUGUUUGUUGAGAUGCAGUUGCUAAGGAACUGUCCCCGAGGACACACAUCUCCAAGCUGGUCUUCAUAAAGGUGAGGUGGCUUCAUAAUAGAGAUAGGACAAAUAAGCAUAUCGAGGGAGAGAGAGAGAGGGGUUCUUUGCACCGUGUGCCUGCCUCUGUUUAACUUGCGUGAAUCUUCAUUACGAUCAACAUCUGGUGUUCACCCAUUUAUCAUUCCAGUGCUUCAGAAUCAAAUCAUCUCACACAGGCGAACACACAAAUAUGCACACAGCAUUGCAUUUUAUUCUUUCAAAUCUCUUUUAUUUGCUAAUGAGAAAUCUGGGAACAGUUUUAAUUUUUAAGUCAUUUUAAUUUUUUCAAGUCAUUACACGAAAAGUACCGAACAUCAGUUCAAAUAGGUUUAGUGGCUGAUAUAAAAAAAUACAGCAAGUUAAAGCUGCAGUCUGUAACUUUUGCCUCUAUAUGUGACCCUGGAUCACAAUUUUAGUAAAAACCAAAAAUACAUUGCAUGGGUCAAAAUGAUCGAUUUUUCUUUUAUCCCCAAAAAUUAUUAGUACAUUAAGUAAAGAUCAUGUUCCAUGAAGAUAUUUUGUAAAUGAAUUUACCUAAAUAAAUGAAAACAUUAUUUUUGUGAGUGGAUGGCCUGCUACAGCGCAUCCGAUUAACAACCUCGAAGGCAAUUUUCUCAAUAUUUAGAUAUUUUGCACCCUCAGAUUCCAGAGCUUUAAAGGGCUGUAUCUCAGCCAGAUAUUGUCCUAUCCUAAUAAAUACAUCAAAAGAAAGCUUGUUUAUUCAGCUUUCAGUUAAUUUAGAUAUCUCAAUUUUGGAAAAUGUACCCAAAAGACUGGUUUUGUCUUCCAGGUUCACAUAUCGCCAUCGCCGUUUGAAUUACAGGUAACUUUGUGUAUUUAUUUUGUGUGUUGAAGUAAAUUGAUGCAAAAAUCUGACCCAACAGCUACUGUUGCAAAUCUGGAAAAGGCAAGGGUCUAGUUUUGAAGGUUGAUUUUUUUUUACUUGUCAAUAACAGAUUAUUAAUUUAUUUUAAAAACAGGUUACAGCUUGCAGCUUUAGGUAUUUUAUUUUUUAAUUUUCAGCACUCUAAAAAUGUGUUCAAAUCAAUGGCCCAGUCCCAAAGAAAUAUUUUGGCUUGUUGCGUUUAAAAUUUUCAAGGUUUAGUGUUAAAGUUUUGUAAUGUUUUUUCAAGCGCCUGCUUCCACAAGUGAAACAUUUAUAAAACCUCAACUGAGCCACUUGUAAACAUUCUGAUGUUAAUACUAGUCACUAGAAAAUUUUAAGUUGGGCUCUGAUUUUUUUCAAAUGAAGUAAUAUACAUCUCCUAGCAAGUGUGAGAUAGACUGUAUGAUCCAAUACAAAGCUCAUGCAUAGUAGCAAAUCAUGUAGCAUUAUUUAGUACAUUACAUAUAAGGUCUACUAGACAUUACACACCAUAUGCAUUAGAAACACUUAACAUAGAUAUCCAGCAUUUAACUCGUAUCAUAUCUACUCUUUAACCACAAGGUGUGCUGAAUGUUUGUAGGCUGUUGAAAAACCUGAAGGACAUUAUUUUAUGGUUUAUACAGCAUUGCUAAGGGCUGCCUGAGCUAUAUUUGCCAUCUGCCUCAUUAUCGAAUGCACUCAUUAUUUUUGUUUGUAUGUAGCAGACAUGUCAAUACCCCGAUGUUUCCGGCUCAGCAGAUUUUUUUGUAAUAUUGUACUACACAACAUUUGCUAAUUUAACCUUUGAACCCGUGACAUCAUCACAACCCUCAUGACGUGUUCUCUUUAGCUCAAGUGACCUGAAUACAAACAUUCCACGUGUUGUUUUAUGUCUCCUUGCAAUGUGUGCUGUGUUUUUGGUUAUCGGUAUGUAAUACAGUUAAUUUAUAUUAACAACACAAUUCAUGUCUUUUUGUUUCAUGUUUUUAAUCUGUACAAAAUGUGAAGGCGUUUUAAAAAUGAAUGAGUUACUGGCUGCUUUCUACUUAUGUACAAAAUAAUAAAUUUUUAUUUGUUAUACA